UAAUACAUUACGGAAAUGAAUCAAACAGCCACUGUCAGUUAUAGUUCAUAUAAAAUAGCUUGAUCAGAACAUUUGAAUACAUUUCAGGUUCAAGCUUCAAGCUGCAGACAUGGCUUCAUUCACAUCUCUAUUAUCCGCUCUUGUGUUGGUCGCUGGUUCACAGGGAGUGGCUGUGAACCCAAUGGGAAUGGCGGAUGCAGGACUGGGAAUGGUGGAUGCAGGAGUUUCAGCGGGAAUGGGACUGGCAAGUACUGGAAUGGAUGCAGGAAAGGGCUUGGCGAAUGCAGGAAUGGGUGCUGCUAGUUCCAUGUCUGGUCGCAUGACGGAGGAAGUUGGAAUAUUAAAUGGAAACAUUCAGGACAUGUUAGGAGCGCAGAUGAAGGGAGGCGCAAACAUACUGAAUAAUAUAUUGAAGACGGACGCUGCCGUUCUCACUGAAAUGGGGACAAUGAUCAGUUCUAUUGCACACUUAACUGGAGCAACAUCACAACAGAUGUUGCAAAUACUACAAGAAGUCAUGACGAAAGGACCACUCGCAGGUGCUCAAAUGUUACAGAGGUUAUUAGCAUACAUUGCACAAAAGAAGAUAGCAGCAGGUGAUAAGAUUGUUUCCAAAACCAGCAGCUUCGCUGAUGGCAUGAAGCAAAAAUCGUUUAUACCAUUAAACAUGUUGGAUAAUAUGUACAGAACGCUUGGAUCAGUUAACGAUAUAACAUCAGCAUUGACUGGCACUCCUUCGCUUGCCGCAUCAAAAGCAGCUACAGCCCUCACUCCACCCGUAGUUUGAAAUAUUUCAUCAGAGAACUCUUAUAAGUGAUCUAUGAGGCGAUUAUAAUAAAUUUCUGUAAAUUUAA